AUGGGCGCCCCUGCGAGCCCCGCCCCCCCCAGCACCGCUGCCCCCGGACCCCUGCCGGGGGGGGCGGCCGGGACCACAGCCUCAGCACCCAGGAGGAAGCUGGUUCGGGUUAAAGUGGUGAGGAAGAAGGUGCUGAAGAAGAAGGUGCUGAAGAAGAGGCCGAAGGCUCCAGCCAAGGACACGGCUGCUCCACAGGAGCAUGGCUGUCCCCCCCUGGGGCUGGAGUCUCUCCGGGUGCAGGACUCACAGCUCCGCGCCUCCAGCCACAAGCGGUACGGGCUGGGAGCACACCGCGGCCGCCUCAACAUACAGUCAGGGCUCUACGAUGGUGACUUCUACGACGGGGGCUGGUGCGCGGGGCAGGAGGAUGUGGGGCAGUGGCUGGAGGUGGAUGCUCGAGGCCUCACCAACUUCACCGGAGUCAUCACCCAGGGCCUCAACUCCAUAUGGACGUACGAUUGGGUGACAUCCUACAAGGUGCAGGUCAGCAACGACACCCACACGUGGCACCCGUGCCGCAACGGCACCGAGGAGGCGGUGUUCCCCGGUAACCAGGACCCCGAGACUCCGGUGCUGAACCUGCUGCCGCAGCCGGUUGUAGCUCGGUACCUGCGCAUCAACCCACAGUCCUGGUUCCCCAACGGCACCGUCUGCCUGCGGGCAGAGGUGCUGGGCUGCCCCCUGCCCGACCCCAACCGCCCCCCCCGGCAGCCCCUGCCCACUGCCGGCCUCGACUUCCGUCACCACAACCACACGGAGAUGAGAAAGCUGAUGAAGAGGGUGAACGAUGAGUGCCCCAACAUCACCCGGGUCUACAGCAUCGGGAGGAGCUACCUGGGGCUCAAGAUGUAUGUGAUGGAGAUCUCGGAUAACCCUGGGAUGCAUGAAGUGGGAGAGCCGGAGUUCCGCUACGUGGCCGGGAUGCACGGGAACGAGGUUCUGGGCCGGGAGCUGCUGCUCAACCUCAUGGAAUACCUGUGCCGGGAGUUCCGUGCCGGCAACCCGCGUGUGGUGCAGCUGGUGACACAGACCCGCAUCCACCUCCUGCCCUCCAUGAACCCCGAUGGAUAUGAGACUGCCUACAAGCUGGGUUCAGAGCUGUCGGGAUGGGCCAUGGGACGCUGGACCUAUGAGGGCAUCGACCUCAACCAUAACUUCGCCGACCUCAACACGGCUCUAUGGGAUGCGGAGGACAAUGAUUUGGUGCCACAUGAGUUCCCCAAUCACUACAUCCCCAUCCCGGAGUACUACACCUUCGCCAAUGCCACGGUGGCACCGGAGACGCGCGCGGUGAUCGCCUGGAUGCAGCGGUUCCCGUUCGUGCUGAGCGCCAACCUGCACGGCGGUGAGCUGGUUGUCACCUACCCCUUCGACAUGACCCGCACCUACUGGAAGGCGCGGGAGCCGACCCCCACCGCCGACGACGGCGUGUUCCGGUGGCUGGCCGCGGUGUACGCCACCUCCAACCGCGCCAUGGCCAGCGAGCAGCGCCGCCUGUGCCACCACGAGGACUUCACCCGCUACGGCAACGUCAUCAACGGCGCCGACUGGCACACGGUGCCCGGCAGUAUGAAUGACUUCAGUUACCUGCACACCAACUGCUUUGAGAUCACCGUGGAGCUGUCGUGUGAUAAGUUCCCACAUGCAUCUGAGCUGCCGGCAGAGUGGGAGAACAACCGGGAAUCACUGCUGCUGUACAUGGAGCAGGUUCACCGUGGGAUUAAGGGGGUGGUCCGGGAUGGAGACACGGAGGAGGGGAUUGCCAACGCCAUCAUCUCUGUGGAUGGCAUCAACCACGAUGUCCGGACGGCCUCGCACGGUGACUACUGGCGGCUGUUGAACCCUGGCGAGUACGAGGUGACCGCACGGGCCGAGGGCUACGGGGCAGCCACGCGGCGGUGCCGGGUGCCCUUCGAGAACGUUCCCACCCCCUGCGGCUUCCGCCUGUACCGGACACGGCCCCCGGGGCGGGGGAGGCACCGUCUGCCCCCGGACCCCCCCCUGCGGCUGCAGCGGCAGCGCCUGCGCCGUCUGCGUGCGCACCGUCGGGCACCGUGAACGGGGGACCGGGGGGGGACCGGGACCGGGAGCGGCG